AUGAGAUCAAAAAUUUGGUCCAAAAUAAUUCUACUUGUUUGCCUUUGUUUAGUCCCCGAAUACUCAGUGUUUUGUAUCAAUUUUGAAGAAGACAAUGAUCGACUUGGUGUGGAUCCAAUUGAAACAGAGGAUCGCUUUGGGUACUUUGGUGAUUUGAUGCCUCCAAACUUUGCAGAUUUCUUAUCACCUUUAAGAAGGGACAAUGAUGACGAUUUUGAAGAUAUUGACCGAUACGGUAAAGGUAAAGCUGACAAUGAUAAUGAGGAAGACUCUCGCUCUUACAUUGGCAAUGUCUAUAACCCAAACCCAAAAGCAAAGAAUAUAUUUGAUGUUUUAAACGCUGAUAGUGACAUUGAUGACGUACAUAUCCGCAGUUCAAAUGAGCAAAGCUUGGACGAUAUGGAUUAUGAUGAUAACGAUGACGAUGAUGAGGAUGACGAAGGUGACAGAGACAAAGUUAAGCAUCCAUCAAUGGACUUAAUCAGAAGGAUCAGUCCGUCUUGGGAUAAGUCUAAUGAAAGUGAUCGGGAUGAUGGUAGGAUUAUUGGGAAGUCAGCUUCCAUGAAAGAUUCCAUUUCAAGGUUAAUUGGUAUUGGACAUAAAUCAUCAACGGCGAGUCCUGAUGAAGCUGAUGGGGAAAGUAAAAAAGAUGGUGAUAGCAAUGAUGACGACGACGACGAUGAUGAUGAUGAUGAUAGUGAUGAAUCUAAUCAAAAAACAACUAAAGUGGAUGGUAAAUCAAAAGGCAAUAUUUUCUCAAAAUUGUUCUCAAAAUCCAAAAAAACUAGUUCUGAAAUGGAUCAUAAAGCCACGACUGAGGCCAGUAAGCUAACUACAGAAAAAUCAUCUGCCAGUAAUCAGACAGCGUCUAGUGACGAGGACAAUGAUGAUGAUGAUGAAGACGAAAGUGGCGAUAAUAGCACAAGUUCAUCUCGUACCUCAACAAUAAAAAAAUCAUCUGAAUCUGGUUCUACCAUUGUUACACCACUUUCAUCAUCGACUACUGAUUUUACAAGCACGACUUCAACCACUAAAAAAGGUAAAUCACACAAGCAUGAGGAACCAUCCUCGACUAGCUCCACAUCUGCACCAGACAACAUCUCGUCCACAGAAAAAGUGACCAAAAAGCAUCAUAAAAGUCAUACUUCAACAAUAACAAUGCCAUCAACAACUCUUGCUUAUAAGGCCUCUGAAACAUCGCCUAAAAAUACGAAAGAUAAAGAGGAGAGCGAAGACGGUGAAAAUAAAUCUGAUCAUAAAUCGAGUUUAGAGAUUAUUGAAGCUUUCUUGGCUGGUUUAGGUCAUGAAUCACAUCACACGAAAGACAAUCAUAAUUCAACUGAAACUCCUGCAACAAAAUCCCCAAAACAUUCAAAAACUCAUAAGAAGAAACAUGGCAAAAAACACAAAAAAACUACGACUCUUGUACCAGAAUCUAUGUCAACAGCAUUGGAAGAAACUGGUUCCAACUCUUCAUCAACGACAGCAAAACCAGAAAAUAAAUCAACAACUAGUACAGAAGUUUCAUCCACUAUUAGACCAAAAGGAGACACAACUACAGCUACACCAACAUCUACAACCGAUUCAGGUGCGAGUUUCCCUGUUAUAUCUAUUACCAGAACAACAAGCAAUGAACGUCCAACGUCUGACUCUUCGACUGCAGAAUCAAAUGCUAACUCAAACAGCCAAGUUAGCUCAACCACUCCAAUCCCUACUUUGGGUCCAUAUGUUGAGGAUUCUGAUGAUAUCAUUGUAACUAAUGAGAGUAUUGUUUAUUCAGAUUGGAAUCCUGAUGUUUUUCCCUGA